GUUCUCAUGACUUUAACCUGAGUUGAUCUCUAAUUGCUUUUAAGCUGGCCCUAUCAUCUCUUAAUAUGGACCAAAUCUCCCGCUCUCAGGACCUUGGCAAACUGGCCCGAAGCUCCAACCACGCAUUUCAUAAUCCAAUGCCAAAGGACCGCUCGUCAAAAAACCAGUCCAACAUUCAAAAUCUACCUCCGCCUCUUCUCAGCCUUACUCACUGGCCUACCUUGCCAACCAAGCAGCAACAGUCCGAGUCUUCUCAUGCACGCAAGGCAGGCGGGGGUAGAAUUGGUUCGGAGCCUGGCGGUAGAUCCAAUGACCAGUCGGCACGGACCGGUCGGGUAUCCACCCACACCAAAUCGUCAUCAGGGCUGAACCCCAAUGCCGAGCCAUACAUCCCUCCUUCCACCUCUGGCACGAAUACAGGAGUGCCGAAUCAAGCACCGGGUUUCGAUGGCCUAUCAAGCAUUCCUCCCGCCUCUCUCAAUUCAACAGGCGAACGCGCGAGCGAUCAAAACCCUCAUAGACCAUAUUCUGCGCUCCUGACGACUUUUUCUCCGUCAGGGAAUAUGAAGCUUCUUGAUUGGAAGCAGGAGCAGGAGUUGAAGCGGGCCAGCCUAUUGAGGCAGAGGCAGCUCAGUCUUGAUACAUCACCACGAUCGCGAGUUGAAACCCCUCCGACGGAUCUGGCAGACCUUAGUCACAUAAGGAGUCGACCACCUACUCCGGGACUAGACGAAAACUAUGAAGCAAACGAUGACCUGGCUGAGGAUUCGGACAGUGAGUUUGGUCCCAACCAGAACGGUGCUCCCUCGAAUCAUGGCCGUGAGCAUAUGAGUAACGCCUUGGAUAACGCUAUCCAUAAUGAUUUCGGGUUUGAAAGCCCCAACAAAAAUGCCGAACAAAAUUGGCAACAGGUCCUAUACACCGAUAGACACAAAUUCUACAUUCAGUUCUACGACAACCUUGUGCUCUACGCCGGCCUUCAAACUUUCCACGAUGAAGGAUCACCCCCACCUUAUCGUUUCGACAAGUCGAACCUAAAUACAUUAGGCAAGACUGAACUCCGCCAGAUUUUUCUCGAUUGCAUCGCAUAUCUUUGCGACGUUGAAAAAGACCCACGUACCACUGCAGCUGCGGCUCUGCAGAAAGUGGGCGACAACAAGACUGUCCUAUGGAUCUCAGCGAAUGAAGGCUUUCCACGCACCGACACCAGAAACAUUCCCAAAUUCAUCGAAACUAUCAUUCAUGCAUUUCGUGAUGUUAGUACAGAAGACAGAAUGGAUGUUCGGGCCAAAUUCUUCCGGAAGGCCAUUGACCUAGCCACACUAAGAAUGGACACGUACCGCACAUCUGCAUUGGUUUCCUUAAAGAAGGUCCUAAAAUCCCCAAAAAUACAAGCGAGCAGCGCAGCUAGCAAGGGAUGGAAGCCGGAGCUUCAGAAGCUGAAAGUCCUCAUGGAGGAUGACAAACAGCGUCCAGAGCUCGCCGAGUGGUGCUAUCUGAACCGGAGAUCGUGGUCAGAUUUCAUCAAACAAAAGGAGCUCGCUCAAGACAAAAAUAUUUACUGGUUUGAACGGUUGAAGCAUUAUUUAUACAGACUGAGCGCGCACGCAUUUGCCGUGGAUAUCAUCGCGAUCGCAGCCCGGGAAGUUCGCUCGGUGCGCAAUAUCUCCGAGGUCAAAACUUUUCAACUAUGGGACAAUGACUUUAAGUACGAUAAUAAAGGGAAAGAAUUCGAGAUCAGUACAGACGGGCCAAUGAAUAUCUUGGAAAGACUGCUGGAAAGCUUCCCUACCGUUCCUCAAACAAGCAGUUACUGCAGAGAGGCUCUCAAAGAGGAAAUCUUGAGCCGUGAAAAAAUGAGAGACGACCCAUCCCACAAUCAUUCUGCUUCUCCACCACCUACCCUGGAUGAGUGGAUGAGGGACCGCCGUAAAUUCCGGCGCUAUUACCACGCAGAGCUCCAGAUUGUGAAAUAUUUCGAGAAAAACGGUUUUGAAUACGCGGACGAGCGCUUUAUUGGGUGUAGUAAACGUGCUUGCUACGUUUGCUACCACUUUUUGAAGUGGUAUGGGGAAAUAUUCCCAGAUCAAAAAUUUGUGUUGCCCGGAAAGCACUCGAAGAUCAUCCACAUGGUCAAAGUGCCUUGGAUCGAGUCAAAAGAUAAUGAGCCGCUAUUUAUGAUGGACAAGCUGAAUGUACAGCUGGCUCGCCAUAUCGAGGAAGCGCUACUGAACAAAGGCAAGUUAGAGGAGAGGCGAAAAAUCCGCCAUCUAUCUACGCAUGCUAGUACAACCGCCAGACAGCAUCUGCCAUCAGACAGGCAAUUCUUGCCUAGUUUGUGAGCCGAGCAUAGACCAACGAAAGAGAAUCAAAAUCUUCUAUCGCGUAACGGUGCAUGCAAUAGAUUUAGACGCGAGUUGACGGGGAGCAUUAUGGUUGCGAGGAAGCUGGGGCGGGGGAGCUAUGAGGUGGCGCCGUCGCGUUGAACGUCGCCAUAG